ACCUCCCUUGAUAUCGCAAGGGCGGCGGAUGUAAACAAGUCUACUUCCGGGUGGAAAAUUAACAUUUUGUUUUGUAAUUUGAUAAACAGAUUUUUUUUGUCUUCUUGUAAUUUAUCAUGUUUUUUCGGCAGGGCCAUGUUAUUCUUGUUCUUAGGAACAUUGCUUACAACAGGCCUUGUGAAAAACACACUGUCACCAGACAGGUGUCGAAGUUGUUUGAAAUAUCCAAAGCUAAUUUUCAUGGCACAAGCAGUGGCUGGUCAAUUUUUCAUACCCAACGAAAACAGCAAGUGUACACUGAUGUUCCUGACUUUGGACAGCCUAUGGAAGCCUGGUUUUAUGAUGUGAAGAAGGAUGGUAAGCUCAUGGUGAACUCAGCCAUUGAUGUCCAUGUGCAACCUCUUGAUCCACAAAAGCAUCCAUCUAUGAACAAACUUUUCAUUAACAUCCUGUAUAUGGGCAAGGACAGACUAACCAGCUCUGAGCUUUCUGCCCUUACAAAGCAGUAUAUUGUAAAUGUUGAUUUGGACGACUCAAAUGCAGAGAUGGAGAUAUCUAUCAAGCGGAAGUCACGUCUCUUUGUGCCAGCUCUGUGCCAUCUUCAAGUUCCACUUAAAUAUGGGAUAGAGGUUUGGUGCACUAAAGAUGGCUCAGCAUCCUUGGAGAAUCUGGAGAGUGAGAAUAUCAGAGUUCGUACUAACAGGGGCGACUGUAAAUUCAAAAGUAUCAAGGGAUUUAACAUUGAUGUGAGGAGUAAAGAAGGAAAUGUUGUUAGCACAAAGGUUCUUCAGGGGAACACCAGUGUUGUUUGUGGUGGAAAUGGGUCCAUUGAUAUCGGAAGACUUCAAGGUCAAAAUGUGACCUGUAAUUCUGAUCAGGGUGAUAUCAAUGUCAAGGCCAUCUAUGCAGACAAUUCGACCUUCACCUCGAACUUAGGUAACAUCCAUCUUGGAAGUUGCCACGGUGACAGUGAAGUCAGAAUGAAGGAAGGUCAUUUCAGAGUUGACACACUUGAUGGUAAUUUGAAUGGAUCAGUUGAAUAUGGAGAUUCUCACAUAGCUUUGUCAAGGGAAGGAAAUGUUGACUGGGAGGUUGAAACUGGUGAUAUUUCUUUAAGUGUGCCAGAAUCUCUAAACUGUCGGUUAGAAGUGAGUGGGACAGAUGUUGACACAGGGGAGGUCACCAUUCAUAAUACUGAAAUUUCUGAGGAAAAGAAUCUCACCAAACUUACAGGUAACCUAAGCACAGAGCCAAGCAAAGGAAACAUUGAUACAAGAACAAACAAUGGAAAAGUAAAGCUCGCCUACUAUAGUUGGUUGUCAUCGAUAAACCUUGGUGACAAAUAAAUGUUAUAUCGCAUGUUUAUCAAGAUAAAUUUCUGCAAUUUAAAUCUCCUGUGUGCACUUGCCAAGUGUUACUACUACCAUGGUAACUUCCGAAUAACAGUUCUGUUUUUGAAGGAACACAAGUCGAAAGUUUCUUGUUGGUACACAUCUUGAAAGCAAAGGGAAGAGAAUUUUUUG